GUUGCACACGGACACUUUUAUGGCUGUACCCACCGGAAGUGUGUGCGUCACAGGAGAGGCUGUGAUUAAGUACUGGCAUCAUCGAUUGAAUCUCCCCUGUGGAGUGAGCCAGCAUGGCCUCUGCCCCGGCACAGCAGCCCACGCUCACUGUAGAGCAGGCGAGAGUUGUUCUUAGUGAGGUGAUCCAGGCUUUCUCUGUGCCUGAGAACGCAGCCCGCAUGGAGGAAGCCAGAGAAAGCGCCUGCAACGACAUGGGCAAGAUGCUGCAGCUUGUGCUUCCUGUGGCCACUCAGAUCCAACAGGAGGUCAUCAAAGCAUACGGCUUCAACAAUGAAGGAGAAGGUGUUCUCAAAUUUGCCCGGCUGGUGAAGAUGUAUGAAACUCAGGACCCAGAGAUCGCCGCCAUGUCAGUGAAACUCAAGAGUCUCCUACUGCCGCCGCUCUCCACUCCUCCUAUCGGCAGUGGCAUCCCGAGCUCAUAGAACAGCGCAAACUCCCAGUUCAUCAAGUUCAAAUCCGUUUCAACUC